CUUAUACAUAUACAGGUUUAAACAAUAUACCAGCAAAUACCAACUCGAGUAUAAAAUGUAUUAUUUUGCUGCAUUACUUUUAGAUAGUGUCAUCAGUUUUUGAUUUUUGAUUAGUUUGAUGAAAUCGUAUUUACUUAAACCGGGAUAGGUUGUGUUUGACCAGGAACGUGUGUGAUGGUCGGGCAAUAUUAAGAAUAAGUGUUUCUUUUCAAUAAGCGCACAUGUUUGUCCCACGACGUGUCUUCGCCGUAAAUCUUUCAGCAUUUCGAAAAUGCUUCGCUACAAGUCGUAAAUGAAACUCACGGUAGAAAAAUGUGCUUUUGAUAAAGCCGCGUUUUUGAAUCUUAUUUUUUUAUGCGUUUUUUAUCUGUUCCGAGUCAGCUGCCAUUGUGGUAACGUUAAUGUUUUAACACAGUGUUAUUAUACAUCAGUUUUCAACCGCUUUUUUAGCCAUGAAACAUUACUUUGGUUUCGUUUUAUUUCCUGGCGGCACGAUUUCACUUUUUCUAGCUGUGACGUCACUGGCAACUGCUGAUUGGGUAAAUUCUGGAACUGUUUCGAUGACGUCGUUUGGCUUGUGGCAAGAAUGCGUCGACUACACUUGCUUUACGUUGACUGACGUUCCUUCGUACCUCAACGCAGUUCGAGCUUUUCUAAUAACUAGCUGUGUAACUUCGGUCGCCUCAGCUAUUUUGUCCUUGGCGAUUUCAGUUGGUAGCAAACCAAGAACUGCAGUGGACGCUAGCAUGAUGUUGACAUACCUCGCAUCAACUAUCCUCCUGGCGACCGGUAUGGUGGUGUACACGGUCGAACAACCUCUUCCAUACCCGACCAGAUACGGCUAUUCGUUCGUUCUAGGUUGGCUUGCAGUUGCCUUAUGCUUCGUAUGCAGCACGGUCGGGAUAUUUGCUGUAAUAAAAUCAAGGUGAAAAGUAUUACAAAACGAAAGAACGAAGGGUCUCGGUUUUCAUUGGCCUUUUUUCUUUGAUCAUUUCCACCUGGUCGUUAAGGUGGUUUGGCGGAUACUUUGUUUACAUUGCGUGUUUUACGAUGUUUAAUAGAACAACACGACGUCUUUCGUAGUCAAUUUAAGUGCCAACAUUAGGAGUGCUUAACCGUUUAU